CAUGACGCCUGAAUGUUGUGUCUGUGAGGAAGAUGGCGGACUCAGUAGCGGCUGGGCUUGGAGACGAAAAUGAGACUGAAAAUGAGGAUAAAGAGAAGGAGAAACGACUCUUCAGCGGCGUCAAAAAGACAGAGAAGCAAGCCGCUACAUCAGAUGUUACAGAAACUCUGGGGUUUUACGAGAGGAAGGCGAAAUGCAAAGAGAGAAAGAGCAAUAUGUCAGAUCUCUCUCUGGUGAGGUUUAUUAGUGCUGAGUUGACUAGAGGAUAUUUUCUGGAACACAAUGAGGCCAAAUACACAGAGCGGAGAGAGAAGGUUUACACCUGCCUGCGUAUUCCAAAAGAACUGGAGAAGCUGAUGAUCUUUGGGUUUUUCCUGUGUCUGGAUGUGUUUCUGUACGUGUUUACCCUGCUGCCCCUCAGAGUGUUUCUGGCCCUGAUCAGACUGCUGACACUGCCCUGCUGUGGCCUCAGUGGAUCUCGUAUCUUGCAGCCCGCUCAGGUGUGUGAUGUUCUGAAGGGUUUUAUCAUGGUUCUGUGUUAUUUCAUGAUGCAUUAUGUGGAUUAUUCCAUGAUGUACCACCUGAUCCGGGGUCAGUCUGUCAUAAAACUCUACAUCAUCUACAACAUGCUAGAGGUGGCAGAUCGCUUGUUUUCGUCUUUUGGUCAGGAUAUUUUGGAUGCUUUGUACUGGACUGCCACUGAACCAAAAGAGAGAAAGAGAGCUCAUAUAGGAGUCAUCCCACAUUUCUUCAUGGCUGUUCUCUACGUCUUUUUACAUGCCAUUCUAAUUAUGGUUCAGGCCACCACACUGAAUGUGGCUUUCAAUUCUCAUAACAAGUCACUGCUCACCAUCAUGAUGUCUAAUAAUUUUGUUGAGAUCAAAGGAAGUGUAUUCAAGAAGUUUGAGAAAAACAACCUCUUCCAGAUGUCCAAUAGUGACAUUAAAGAAAGAUUUACAAACUACACACUCUUACUAAUAGUCUGUCUAAGAAACAUGGAGCAGUUCUCCUGGAAUCCAGAUCAUCUAUGGGUGUUGUUUCCUGAUGUUUGUAUGGUAAUCGCCUCAGAGAUUGCAGUGGAUGUUGUCAAACAUGCCUUCAUCACCAAGUUUAAUGACAUCACAGCAGAUGUCUACAGUGAAUACAGAGCGAGCUUGGCCUUUGAUCUGGUCAGCAGCAGACAGAAAAAUGCAUACACAGACUACAGUGACAGUGUGUCCAGGAGGAUGGGCUUCAUUCCUCUUCCUCUUGCUUUACUGUUGAUUCGGGUGGUGACCAGUUCUGUGAAGAUCCAGGGCUCUCUGUCCAUUGUAUGUGUCGUGCUCUUCUACCUGGGAAUGAUCACUCUGAAGGUGCUGAACAGUAUAUUGUUAUUGGGGAAAUCCUGUAUGUAUGUGAAAGAAGCAAAUAUGGAGGAGAAGCUGUUUCAAAAUCCCCCCUCUGCAACUCCCAGCAGAGUGUCCAGCAGAGCAAACCGGACCAAACACACACGAGAACCACCAGGUGAAUCAGCGGAAGAGGCGUCUGCAUCAGUCACCACUCAACCCACCCAAAGGGAUGAAUGCCCCGCCCCUCAGCUCCCCACCAGCGAAUCAGAUCAGUUCCUCACAACACCAGAUGAAUCGGAAGAUAAAAGCCUUAUUCAGGACGAUACAGAGCUUACACACAGGGCGCCCAAAAAAGACUUGCUGGAGAUUGACCGCUUUACUAUCUGCGGUAACCGUAUUGACUGACAUCAACAUGCACCUUCAAGUUUGAUGCCAGUUAUGCACUGAAAUGCCCACCAGCUUGAUUUGUUUGACAUUUGAACUUGAGCUUGUUGGAAUUGGACAGCAAGAAACUGCAGGAUAUUUAUUAAUUAAUGGUGCACCUAAUUUAUUUGAGACUUAAACACACCCAUUCACAUCAUAUCAACACACACACGCACACAGUUUUACCCAUUUGGAAUCCACCCAGUGAAGUUUCAAAGCUUUCAAGAGGUUCACCAACACCUUUGGAUGACGGGGGAGAUCUUGGUCCAGUGGUCACUGUGCUCUCCUUUCACAGAGGAUGCCCAUGAAGAAAAAAAGAGAAUGGGAUUAAUUCUAUUCUAAAAUUAGAUUCCAUUUGAUCUGCAUUGCUUUAAAGCAAAUGACAAAAGCUUCUUGUUCAGUUCUCUUCUUCAUCCAUGAUUUCUGUAUUUGGAAGUGUCCCUUCAAAUCUACAAUCUUAAUUUCCAUCUGAAAACUUUUUAGUUUGACAAAUCCCCAUGUUCAUUGGCAGUCAAUUCCGAAGUGUAGUUUUGUAAUUGCAGAUGUGUUAUGCAGGUUUUCUUUGUGUCUUUGAGUGAAAGCAGGAAGCAGGCUAAACUACCUUUUCACAUUUUUAUUUAUUUUUCUUUGAGUUUGAAAACAGGGUUUCCAAAGUUUUACAUCAUUUCAUGUAAGGACCAUUUAAAGGGCCAUUGCGAGUAUGGGAUACUGUGCUAAAACGCAUGUUAAAUGCCGAUUGAUUUACAUCGUAGAAUAAGUUUGCAUCUGAAUGAAAGGAUCGUAGAUUAAUGCAAGAUAGUCGCAUGGAAACAAAACUGAGUAGCUGGACUAGCAUAAUGUGAUUUGCCAGCUAAAAUGAAGGAAUGAAAUAGUUUCCAUUUGGUGAUGGAAGGUCUUUAUCUUACUGUACCAAGAGCAGCAGAUUUAAUGAACAUCAUACAUUGGUGCUGAUGUUGGGAGCAGAUGCUAAAUAGUCAAUUAACAACAUUCCAAAAGUCAGAAUCUUGACCAAAACAUGGUUAAAUAUUGAACCUUUUGCUAAUAUCUUGAGCGUAUUUGGAAGAAAUAAAAUGCCUCUGUUGGCCCCUAAUGUAUUUACAGAUCUAUGAGCAUCAGAAGCCAUUAACGUAAGUGAAUAAGUCAAAGUUUCAAUUUCUAAACCAGUGACGAGUGCCCAUGCUCAGAAACAAUGCAUGUGUAGUGCUUAAAGAACUUAUUGGAGUGCAUUAUUAUCACAGAGAAUACUUUUUGUCAUACAUUUACUUUGCAUAACAGACCACACUGUCUUAACCUUAUUUUUUUCAUAAUCAUAUCACCUAGUACUGGAGGUCAGAAUUUAAGUUGAAUUUUUUGAAUUAGGAAUUUGUAUUACUUUGUAUUACAAAUGUGUGGCUAUAAUUGCUUUGCUUUGUAAUAUGGUGGCUUUCAGUCUGACAAUUCACACUCAAGUCAGAAUGCCAAAAGUCAUCAUAAAAGUCUGUCAUAUUAUGUUAGGUGCUCCGUUUCAUUUAGGAAAUGUUUUAAGCUGAAAAUAUCAAAUAUGUCAAGGAAUCACUUACUCUCCAUUAUCAAACUAACACUUUUCAAAACAUUUUCAGAAGCAUUCACUUGACUUAAACUGCCAAAAUGAUAUCAAAGAGCAUUUCUCUCUUUUUUUUUUUUUUUUUACAUUUGAAACACUGAUGUUAGAAAUACUUCUUAUUUUUUAAAAGAUAGACCACUAUAUGCAACGUUUGGUUUUGUUGUGAUUUUCAAUAAUUACCUGUGCAUUCCCAUGUGGGUUAAAUCACCUUUUGAAAUAAGAUUGAAGUUUGACUGGAUCAGUAAUCAAAAGGAUGGUUUGCUUGACUAAACCUUUGCAUUACAUACUCAUAUUCAUUUAUUUGGAAAUACUGAAAAAGACAAGUUCUUUCCACACUGCUGGACUUCACUACUGUUUUCUCGCUGAUUAAUAUCAGUUUGUUGUUUUUUGUGUGUGUUUAUGUUUCCAUAUUGGCUUCAGCAUAAGUUUCUUGCAAACUUAUGUUUCCUGUAGAAACUGAAGAGGAAUGACGAAGUCACAUCCCCUGAAUGGGAUGUUUCAGAGACUGAUUCAGGUGGAGAAAUCAGGGCGUUGUGUUAAUUAAAGUUUGUUGUUUUCUA